AUGUAUUCCAGAUCAGGUCGGAAAAAAGAAACCACAACACCCCAACACCAACACCAACAGCUACAGCUACUCUACACGCUCUUAUUCACACUAUUCAUGGAGGCGUAUCAUCCGGGCGACCUGCUCUCGGUGAUCCACAGCACGAUGGCCAUGAUGCUCAUGUGUCCGGCGCUCGGCAUGCUCUAUUCAGGGCUCACUCCACACUCUUCGGCCCUCUCCAUGGCAGGCAUGAAUCUUGCAGCUCUAUCGAUGGCUGUAUUGCAGUGGGUGGUAUGGGGGUACUCGUUGGCUCUGAGUCCGACGGGGGGCAAGUUCAUGGGGAAUCUACGACACGCAGGCUUCCACCAUGUGGCUCUGGAACCACACCCCAUUGCUUUUGGACGGCUACCAGGACUCGCGGUGGCCAUGUUUGAGGGCAUGUUUUUGUGCAUCACGGCGGUCAUUAUGACGGGAAGCAUCGUGGGGCGAGGCCGUGUCGUCCCCUUUGUGGUCUUCAUCUUUUGCUGGGCCACGGUGGUUUACUGCCCCAUUGCAUGCUGGGUUUGGGGGCCUAAUGGAUGGAGCGGCAACUUGGGCGCUCUUGAUUUUGCGGGAGGCUCACCUGUUCACAUCAACUCGGGAUUCACAGGUUUGGCAUACGGUAUCAUGCUCAGAUGGAGCCGAGGAAGGAAGAUGGGCCAGACCCCCGUGGCGGUCCCUGAACCACAUUAUCCACAUUCAGCCAUGCUGGUAAUGAUUGGAACAGGCCUACUGUGGACGGGGUGGCUCGGUUUUGCGUCUGAAGGCGCCUUUGGGGCCAACCUCAUGGCUCUUAUGGCUUCGUCCAAUACUAUGAUUGGAGGAGCGUUUGGAGGACUAGCAUGGGCCGUGCUGGACUACAGAAUCGAACGAAAGCUGUCGAUGAUUGGGUUCUGCUCAGGUGCCGUGUCUGGACUCGUUUCUCUGUCCCCUUCGUCGGGCUAUGUGGCUCCUUGGGCCGCUAUUGUUUGUGCCAUUGUAGGCUCCAUAGCCUGCAACCUCGCCACACAGCUCAAGUUUUUCAUCCACGUGGAGGACCCUCUGGACGUGUUUGCUAUUCACGGUAUCGGCGGCAUGGUAGGUUCGCUGCUAGUCGGGCUGUUUGCCGAGAAAGAAGUGGCCAAACUGGACGGAAACAGAGAUAUCAAGGGAGGUUGGGUCAAUCAGCAUUACGCCCAGCUUGGCUACCAGUGCGCAGAGGUGUUUUCCGUGGCCGGAUACGCCUUCUUUGUGUCUCUUGUUCUGCUAUUCAUCAUUGAUCGAAUUCCAGGGCUACAUCUGCGGAUGGAUCCUGAAGCAGAGAGCCAGGGUCCUGACACCAACCAGCAUGGCGAGGUGUGCUACGAGUUUCUGGCGCAGCUGGGUGACGACCCCAGCCCCAACCAUCCAGACACGGAUCCUUCCAACACCAUCAAUGGGUCGUCCCCGCGUCCUUCCAUGGACGGCAACCAGUUUGGCAUCUAUGAGUUGCAUGCCAUUCAGUCCAAAAAGGUGAACGAUGCGUACCAUUUUCCCAUGCACCCGCCCAUGCAGGUCAACUUCCCUCCCCCGGUAUCCCAGCCGCAACCUCCAUCUCAGGAUGCGACCCCUCCGCCCCACAAUGAACCACCUCCAACGCCCAUGCUGGACUUUAGUCUUGGACCCCAACAGCCCCCAAGACAGCCGUUGAACCGCACAGUGACGUCUCCCUUGCUAGGGGAAUGA